AUGACUAUGCAACUGGUCAUCCACAUCAUCGAACCAUUUGAGGGAGUCGUGUCCCGGGAGAUGCCGAUCGGGAUGGUUGGGCUAGAGAUCUGGACAAAUUGUCAGCAUGAUGCAAUCACCUACGUCGAGGACUAUGGACAAGCCGACAAUCCAUUUCACCAGACCAUGACAUUCUACAAAGAAUGGAUCCACGUCCUGCCCGAUGGAGUGGAGUUCACGUGGGCGCACUACGACCGAUGUGCCAACCGCGAGAUGCGCGCAAGCAUCCAACUCAAUCUCAUGGCGACCAUGGUCACCUGGCAAUUGGUGGUGGUCACUCCGUGGGGAAGGUCAGAGUUCCAGUACGAACAGUGUUUCAGUUACGGUACCAGCAGAGGGGGGUACAACUGGCAGUUGGACAAUGGCUCGUUCUAG